AUGACGAAAACGAAAAAAUUGAUACCGGGAUUUCGGUUUCAUCCGACUGACGUUGAGCUGGUUCAGUACUUUUUGAAGAGGAAGGUCAUCGGAAAAAAGUUUCCCGUUGAAGUGAUUGCCGAAGUCGACAUAUACAAAUACGCUCCGUGGGAUCUCCCAGAUAAAUCUUUACUGAGCACUGAGGAUUUGGAAUGGUAUUUCUUUUGCCCUAGAGCAAAGAAAUACGCCAUUGGAGGUAGAAUGAAUAGGAGUACGGAAGUAGGAUAUUGGAAAACCACAGGAAGGGAUAAACCUAUUUGGCACAAUAAUCAAACUGUGGGGAUGAUGAAAACUCUAGUGUUUCACAUGGGUCGACCUCCUAAAGGACGUCGAACUGACUGGGUUAUGCAUGAAUUUAGGCUUGAUCAGGAUCUCGCUCACAAAGGCAUCGCACAGGACUCCUAUGUGCUUUGUAGGGUGUGCAAGAAGGAUGGUCCUGGUCCUAGAAAUGGAGGACAGUAUGGUAAACUGUUUGACGAGGAAAACUGGGAUGAUGAGGAAGAUAAAACUGAUGGCGUCUGUUCUAUUUCUAUUGCUAAACCACUUCCCAUUCUGCCUAUUGCACAUAAUCAUAAUAAUAAUAAUUUCUCACCUUGUGGACGCAACUGGUCGAUUCCAAAGUCAACUUUGUCAUCAGGAGCGACUAAUCCUUCACCAGUGAAUACCGAUGUGUCAUGCUCGUUAGAUUAUUUCGCAGAAGAAGAAUACAGCACAUUAUUAUUGGCUCUAAAUGGAAGCAACAAUAUGGAGACGGACGUUAAUUCUGAGGAGAAAAAAGAAAGUGAGGGCAUUGCAUUUGAUGAGAUUUUUGGGGACUUGGAAGACCUCAUCAACAUGGCUGCAUUUGAUGAAGAUGAUGAUCGACUUCCCUCAUGUUUCCCCAAAAGCUACAUUUCCUACAAACCCAAAUGA